AGCAGGCAAGCAACACCAGUAACACACUGCACUAGUCCAGUAGUACAAGCAUAAAGUGCUCGGCGAAGAAAGGAAUCGGGGCAAACAGGACAGGCCGGAACCGGGGAGGGACGAUCGACCGGCCAUGGCCACCACCGUCAACCCCGCGGAUCCGGAGGCGCUAGAAGGCGGCGACGGCGACAGGAAACCGAUCAGGGGCGCCGCCAUGUCCCUGCUUGUCCGGGCGCGCGACAACAUGGCGUUCCGGUCGGUGUGGUCGGAGCUGAACGGCGCCAUGGGCGACCUGGGCACGUACAUCCCCAUCGUGCUCUCGCUGGCGCUCUCCCGCGGCCUCGACCUCGGCACCACCCUCGUCUUCACCGGCGUCUACAACGCCGUCACGGGCCUCCUCUACGGCGUCCCCAUGCCCGUCCAGCCCAUGAAGACCAUCGCCGCCGUCGCCCUCUCCGACGCCUCCUUCGGGGUCCCCGAGAUGAUGGCCGCCGGCAUCCUCACCUCGGCGUUCGUAUUCGUCCUCGGGGUCACCCGCCUUAUGAAGCUCGUCUACUGGUUCGUGCCGCUCCCCGUCGUCCGCGGCAUCCAGCUCGCCCAGGGGCUCAACUUUGCCAUGGCCGCCGUCAAGUACAUCCACUACGAGCAGGACCUGGCGAAGAGCAAGUCCCUCGGUCGGCGCCCCUGGGCUGGGCUCGACGGCCUCGCCCUCGCCAUCGCCGCCAUCUUCUUCGUCGUCCUCGUCAACGGCGCUGGCGACGAUCACAGCACCGCCGUCCAAGAAGAAGAAGUGGGACGAGAUCGGGAGGAGGAUAGCUCUUCUUCCCUCUGGCGUAGCUGGAGGAGGCGCUUGCGGUCGGCGACGAUCCCGUCGGCGGUGAUCCUGUUCGUGCUGGGCGUGGUCCUCGCCAUCAUCCGGCACCCGGCGGCGGUGAGGGAGCUGCGCGCGGGGCCGUCGCGGAUGCGCGUGGUGCGCAUACCGAGGGAGGCGUGGAAGCAGGGGCUGAUCAAGGGCGCGAUCCCGCAGAUCCCGCUCUCGGUGCUCAACUCGGUGGUGGCGGUGUGCAAGCUGACGCGCGACCUGUUCCCGGAGAAGAAGGAGGCGUCGGCGACGUCGGUGUCGGUGACCAUGGGCGCCAUGAACCUGGUGGGGUGCUGGUUCGGCGCCAUGCCGUGCUGCCACGGCGCGGGCGGGCUGGCGGGGCAGUACAAGUUCGGCGGGCGCAGCGGCGCGUGCGUGGCUGCGCUGGGCGGGCUGAAGCUGGCGCUGGGGCUGGCGCUCGGCGGCUCCGUGCUGCGCGUGCUCGCCGCGUUCCCCGUGGGGCUGCUGGGCGUGCUGCUGCUGUUCGCCGGCGUGGAGCUGGCCAUCGCGGCCAGGGACAUGUCGUCCAAGGCGGAGGCGUUCGUCAUGCUCGUCUGUACCGCCGUGUCGCUCGUCGGCUCCAGCGCCGCGCUGGGGUUCCUCUGCGGCAUGGUCGCGCACGGCCUGCUGCUGCUCAGGGCACGCGCCAUUUCCAUCUGAAGAUCAAAGCACUCGUGCUGAUCCAUGCAUGUACAUCUCGUACAUCCAUCGUCAUCCCAUCUGUAUGUUUUACAUGGACUGCGUCGCGUGUGCACUUCUGUGCUGUAGCAAAUGGUUGGACUGAGUUUCAAGUUUGGUCUCAUUCACUUUGUGAACCGUCGGAUUUUUUUGCGUAGCGAUUCGUGCUUUGUUGCCGCUGGACA